AUGUAUAAGAGAAAACCUGAUGCUGCUCGCAGAAUCAAACAGAAGGAGGUCCUUGAGAAGCGGAAGGACCUAAUUUUGAUGGGGGAGGCACUAUUGCUUUCAACCAUCAGGUUUGAUUUCAAUAUACAGCAUCCUUAUGAGCCACUAAAUCUCGCUCUCAAGAAUCUGGGGAUCUCCCAGAAGGAAGUGAAACAAGCUGCAAUAAAUCUCAUAAAUGAUACGCUUCGGACUACAUUGGUAGUGCAAUUUAAACCACACUACAUAGCUGCUGGAGCUCUCCAUCUUGCCGCCAAGUUUCAUGAUGUUACACUCCCUUCUGAACAAGGAAAAGUAUGGUGGCAUCAAUUCGAUGUUGCUCCAAGGCAGUUGCAAGCUGCUAUCCAGCAAAUGAAACAGGUCUUUAAUGAAAGAAACCAACGCCCUGCGGGUCCUGCUAUCGGGCCCAUUCCAGCUCCAGCUCCGGUGGAGAAACAGCAGGCAGUAAGAUUCCCGAAGCCAGCUCUGGUGGCAAAACAGCAGACACUAAGCUUGCCAAAGCCAGCUCCGGUGGCAAAACAGCAGGCACUAAGCUUACUGAAGCCAGCUCCAGUGGAGGAACAGCAGGCUGUAAGCUUCCCGAAGCCAGCUCCAGUGGCAAAACAGCAGACAGUAAGCUCCCAGAAGCCUGCUCCGGUGGAGGAACAUCAGACAGUAAGCUCCCCAAAGCCUGCUCCAUUGGAGGAACAGCAGACAGUAAGCUCGAUGAAGCCAGCUCUGGUGGAGGAACAGCAGACAGUAAGCUCCCCUAAGCCUGCUCCGGUGGAGAAAGAGCAGGCAGUAAGCUCCCUGAAGCCUGCUUUGGUGAAGAAAGAGCAGACAGCAAGCUCCCUGAAGCCUGCAGCGGAGAAACAGCAGACAGCAAGCUCCCCGAAGCCUGCUCCGGCGGAGAAACAGCAGACAGUAAGCUCCCCGAAGCCUGCUCCGGUGGAGAAACAGCAGAUUAUAAGCUUCCCAAAGCCUGUUCUGAAGUAUACAUAUUCAAGGAGAGGCCUAAGAAACACUGCAGCUCCAACUGUAACUCCAACUCCAACUCUGGUGAAGAAACAGCAGAAAAUAAGCACCCCAGAUGGCCCUGUUUCGCAUGCCUUCUCUCCAAGGGGAGUCCUAAAUGGACCCACUUCAGCUCCAACUAUAACUCCAAACCCAAUGAAAAAACAGCGGGCAUUAAGCACCCUAGACUCUGUUCUGAGGCAAGCACACCCUUCAGUUGGAGGAGUGAAGCGCACUAGAUCUCCAGCUCAAGAUAAAGCCCUGGUGAAGAAACAGAAGAUAAUAAGCGCCCCAAACUCUGUUGUGAGGCAUGCACGCCCUUCAGUUGUAGUAGUGAGGCCCACUGGAUCUCCAGCUCGAGCUAGAACCCCGGUGAAGAAAUCGCAGAUAAUAAGUGCCCAAGACUCUGUUCCGAGGCAUACUCGCCCUUCAGUCGGCGGCGAAAGAAGGCCCAGUACAGCUCCAGCUCCAGCUCCUGCUAGUGCUCUGGCAAGGAAACAGCCAACAAUAAGCACCCCAGACUCUGUUAUGAGGCAUACAGAUCCUUCAAGGAAUGAAGAUAGCAAGCCACUGCGAAUGCAUGUGGAUCAUAGCUUGAGUAGAACUGCCAAAGAUGGUAGGCUGGAGAAGCCAUCUUUCCAGGCAGCUCUAAACGCCGAUCAUGGCCACCAUGUCGGCAGCAGACCUAAAGAUGUAAAUAUGACAAGGGUCCCAAACUUGGUCGGACAGAAGAGAAGGAUCCAGGAGACUGCUGGACAGCCUCCUGCUCCGGCUGAUAGAUGUGCUGGAGAUGCUUCGAGGAGGCCGCAGCUUCCAAGUUUGAUCGUCGCCCCGCCGUCCUGGAAGAAACAGAAGAUCGAUGUUUAA